CGACUCUCGCCCGGGGCCCUGGCAGCAGUCAGCAGGCAGCAGGCGGGCGCGCUGUGGCUCCGCGCCGCGCGGUCCGGGCUCUGUUCAUUCAUGAUUGGUACUCGGCCCUCCGAGACCCAGCCCGAGCGCCGGGAGCGGAGCCGAGCGUGCGGCAGGAGGGGCGGGCGGACCGCGGCUCCCGCAACGCACGCGGCGCUGGCUCGGCAACCUCGGCCGGGCGGGCGCGCCGGCCCCGUGUUCAGUGCCAGGCAGGCUUCAGGGCACCGUCCUCGGCCCUGGGCGAGGGAACCCGCCGUGCUGGGUCCUCGCGCGGGGAAGCGCUUCCGAAGGCUCGCGGGGAGCGCCUGGCCCUGAGUCCCCGCAUGUGCGGGGCUGAAGAAGGAAGCCAGAAGCCUCCCAGCCCCGGCUCCACGCUCGCUGAAUACCAAGCUGCAGGCGAGCUGCCGGGCGCUCUUCUCUCCUCCAAUUCAGAGUAGACAAGCCACAGGGGUUUCUUUCCGGGGAUGGGGAGGGGCAAGGCCCGGGGUCCCAACUCGCACACAAGUCUUCGCUGCCAUGGGGGCCGUCAUGGGCACCUUCUCUUCUCUGCAAACCAAACAAAGGCGACCCUCGAAAGACAUCGCCUGGUGGUAUUACCAGUAUCAGAGAGAUAAGAUUGAAGAUGAGCUGGAGAUGACCAUGGUUUGCCAUCGGCCCGAGGGACUGGAGCAGCUCGAGGCCCAGACCAACUUCACCAAGAGGGAACUGCAGGUCCUUUAUCGGGGCUUCAAAAAUGAGUGUCCCAGUGGUGUGGUCAACGAAGACACAUUCAAGCAGAUCUAUGCUCAGUUUUUCCCUCACGGAGAUGCCAGCAUGUAUGCUCAUUACCUCUUCAAUGCCUUCGACACCACCCAGACAGGCUCCGUGAAGUUCGAGGACUUUGUAACUGCUCUGUCGAUUUUACUGAGAGGAACUGUCCAUGAGAAACUAAGGUGGACAUUUAAUUUGUAUGACAUCAAUAAGGAUGGAUAUAUAAACAAAGAGGAGAUGAUGGACAUUGUCAAAGCAAUCUAUGACAUGAUGGGGAAAUACACAUACCCCGUGCUCAAAGAGGACACUCCACGGCAGCACGUGGACGUCUUCUUCCAGAAAAUGGACAAAAAUAAAGAUGGCAUCGUGACUUUAGAUGAAUUUCUUGAAUCAUGUCAGGAGGAUGACAACAUCAUGAGGUCUCUCCAGCUGUUUCAAAAUGUCAUGUAACUGGUGACACUCAGCCAUUCCAGCUCUCAGAGACACUGUACUAAACGACCACCUUAACACCCUGAUCUGCCCUCGUUCUGACUUUACACUCCAACUCUUGGGACAGAAACACCUUUUACACUUUGGAAGAAUUCUCUACUGAAGACUUUCUGUGGAACCCAGCAUCAUGUGGCUCAGUCUCUGAUUGCCAACUCUUCCUCCUUCCUCUUCUUGAGAGAGACAAGAUGAAAUUUGAGUUUGUUUUGGAAGCAUGCUCAUCUCUUCACACUGCUGCCCUACAGAAGGUCCCUCUGCUUGAGCUUAAACAGUAGUGCACAACAUUCUGCUUAUGUGCCCCCAGCCCACUGUCUCCAAGUCAAGCAGACCUUGGUGAAAAUGGAAGCAAGAGGACUAGAGCCAGAUGCACACCAUCCUCUGAUGGCCUCCCAAACCAAUGUGCCUGUUUCUCUUCCUUUAGUGGGAAGAAUGAGAGUUAUCCAGAACAAUUAGGAUCUGUCAUGACCAGAUUGGGAGAGCCAGCACCUAACAUAUGUGGGAUAGGACUGAAUUAUUAAGCAUGGCAUUGUCUGAUGACCCAAACUGCCCAUAUCAUUUGUUUCCAGAAACAAGGACCAAUAAUUCUCUCACACUAGCAUUUGUGCUGGUAUUGCAAGUCCUUUAACAUGCCCAGGAAGGGAGCCAUUGCCCAGUGGUCCAUAUCUCCACCCCAUCCCCUGCUUGAGCCCAGCGCUGCAUGUCCCUCCCAAGAAGCCCAGAAUGCCUGCAAAUUGCUGUAAUUUUAUACCAUGUUCUAACCAAUAAACAGAAGUAUUUCUUACACGCUCAA